AUGGUGCCCGUCUGGAUGGUGCCGCCGCCGCCGCUCGCUCCGCACAACAAGUUACCAGCCCUUCGGAAAGGAGGAAGGAGCCAACCCACCCACCCACCCACCCACCUACCUCCCCGGGCUGCAGCGGUAGUGCAAGCCGAGCCCGCGGGAGCGAGGAGGGGGCAGGAGGGGGAGUGGUCAGCGGGGGGUGGGGGCGGGCGCGGCGGCUUCAGCCCUCCUUCCCCACCCUCGACGCGCUCCUCUUAUAAGCUCGGGGCAGCCAGGUUCCUGCGCCGGGGGUGUGUGAGUGUGCGUGCGAGUGUGAGCGUGAGUGGCCGUGGCCGUGGCCGUGGCCGCCGCUGCCACCCGGACUGCUCCCGGGGCCCGGCUGCUCCGCGCGUCCGCCCGGGGCUCACGGGGGCCCGGGGCGGCCGCUGGUUGGCUCGCGCGCCGCCCUCGCCUCCAAUCCCCGGUGCCUGCCCUAAUUUCCUGAUCCAGGGAACCUGCCGCCGCAGCAGCUGUGCGCUCCCUACAGUCAUUACUGUACCUUCCCGGCAGCCGCCAGCAGUAGAUGCAGCAGAAGCAGCAGUAGCAGUUAGCACUGAUGCAACUACUGAGGCUAUUGCCACCGCCUUCCCACUAACGCGGCUUACAGCCCGGGGGGGACUUGCAGUUUCCAGGGGCAACAAGCGUCUCUCUACCACCCUCUCCUGCGCCUCAAAGGAGGCCGGUCCUGUGAGGCUGGAAAGGUACAGUCUUGACAAGGAACAAAAGACGUCUGUAUAUGAAGAAAUGACAGAUGACCACGUGUUAAGUGUCAGCCUUGAUGGAUUUAUACAAGAAGACCAAAGCAACUCAAGGAAGGGAGAGACCCCUGGAAUCCUCAGGACCUUUUGGUGGAGGCCCCAUAGGUGAUGCAAAAGACUGUCAUAUGAACCUGAAAGGGUAACUGAAACCGAAGAAAGGACCCUAGUGUCUAGCCAGACAUGCCACAAGGAGUGAGAAGGAGCCGACGUCUCAGCGAACAGGGCACGAGACCAGCUGUGCGUGGCCAGCCUCUGCUUUAGGCCCAAAAGGAAAAGAAAUUCACAGGAGACAGUGAAUCUCAGACUCUUCCUUGGUUAUGAGCAGGAGGUCCCUGGAUCCAAGAGGUAAGCAAGAGGAAUCUGGGCUUUGGUGUGGAAACUGCAUUCUGAAUUCCCCGGCACAAUUAAAAGGCCAACAGUAGAAUCACCAAUUAUCUACUUUCACCCACACAAGGUGGGGGAUCUUCAUGCUUGCCUGAAAUUCAGAAGAACCUUUU